AUGGAACAGAGACAGUGUUGUGUGAACGUGUCAGUCCAGCCGUCCAGAGGGCUCAUGGAUGAGAAAUUCCUCAUUCUGGUCAAGGAUGUCCUCCCUGCUUCACAGCUAACAAUACAUGCCCUCCACAAGAGUGAAGAUGGAAACAUCUGGGAGGCAUUUGCUCACUACACAGCAAAUGCCACCGGGACUGUGAACGUUUCAGAGGAUCCCAGUCUUGGUGGGACAUAUUCUGGGGUUGAACCUAUGGGUCUACUGUGGAGUCUCCAACCAGAUCCAGGCAGCAAACCUGGCAUCAGACUGAGAAAGAUGAACGUCCAGACUCCCAUGGAGGUUGUCAUCUCAGUGUACCAGGGGCAGCAGACUGAAGGGUUCAAGGAUCAGGUACCAUUGGGCAUUGUGUUGGUGGAGCGCUGGUACAUGGCACCUGGUGUCCGCCGGAUCCCAGUUACAGAUCGUGGACUCACUGGAACCAUUUUCUUGCCCCCAGGACCUGGACCUUUCCCUGGCAUCAUUGACCUGUGGGGUGCUGGAGGGUUGUUGGUAGAGUGCCGCGCAGCUCUGAUGGCCUCCCAUGGCUUCGCCUGCCUGGCCCUUGACUACCUGAACAUCCCCCAGGAAACAGGAAAGAUGGUGGACAACGAGUAUUUUGAGACGGCCUACAGAGUCCUGCAGCAGGAUCCUCACGUGCUUGGCAGCAGGAUCGCCAUGUUGGGUUUUUCCCUGGGCACCAGUGUUACCCUUAAAAUGGCAGUUUAUUCCAAAGUUGUAAAGCUCAGUUGUGCAGUGUGUAUUAGUGGGAGUCAUGUGCAUGGAACCAUGGCAGACAUCUUUGGUUACUGGAGCAAAAAUGCUUCAAACAUUCGCUUCAACAAGGAGAACCAGAUGAUUUCCCGUGAUCUGCUAUUGCCCAUCCCGACUGACCCCUCACUCAAAGUGGAUGAAGAUGCCUGGAGGAAGACACUGGGCUUCCUGCGGGAGAAUCUGUACGGCAACAGAAACCCUGCUGCAACCUUAUCAUCACACUUGUAA